AUGAUUCGAUACAAGCCUACACGCAUUGCUCUGGGCGAUGAGGAUCUCCGCUACCAUCUGGAAAGGCUGCUUAUUCGCCAUUCUCGCAUGGCCGAGUGGCAUCGGCAAGACCUCGACCGUGACAGUUAUAGUGAUGAUAGUGUAGCCUUCUUGGGUUCGGAUUUCUUUUCGCCCUACAACCUCUCUCCGGGCGGUUCCGUCUGCAGCUCGGGCCUGGACUCUCCUAGUCAAGGUUCCUGGCAGUCAGAUCAAGACUCUGAAGUUGGCCAUUCAGGAUUAUCCUCCUUGUUCAAUGAACCAGAUGACUCAUUGGCUGUGUUGGUGCAAGAUGAGACGCGGACCAUGAGCACCUGCUCAUCAGGUCUCUGUGGGCCCCUGUCCGGAAAGUCCUCUCGAACAGGUGAAGAGCACCAUGUGACAGAGACUACGCAUCAGCUCUCAUUGAGGACUAUUGACAGCAGUCAACUCUCCGGUCAAUCACCGGGAAAGCGGGGCCUUGAAAGGCUACAUCCUCAUUCACUGACCUGCCAACCUCUCACUAUAGCAACCGUACCAUCGAUCAAUAUCCUCGCUAGUGUUUUCUCGAAGAAUGGUGGAAGGUGCUCGAUUGUACCACAUCGUCACUCACUUUCUCACCCGCUUCUCCUCGGCGCCAGGGAACUGAAUCGAGAAACUCUUUCCUGCAGCACUCAGUUGGCGGGUGGCUCGCUGAAUUUCAUAGACACCUCGAAUGAAGUAGAGAAUCUGAGACAGACGUGGUCGAGAUUUAAAGUGCAAGAUUCGGAUCUCCGUCCGAGCCUUGAUCUCGAGAUCCGCUCAGGAUCCACAUGUGUUAAUCUAGCUGCACAACAAACACAAUUAGUUGACUUUCUUGCACGACCCUCUUCCAGACCAAAGGCGGCGCUGGAGGUGAUCAAGAUGCCCGUUGCAGAUAUUUCGACCAGGAAGACACGCGGCCAGCGGGCCAACCUCUCGUUGCCGGGGUCUGCUGCCGUCCAUCACAAUGGCCCUGGUGAAAGAUCGGCUGCAGAGAUUACAAAAGCUCCAGUAGCACUUCCCACUAGAGUGCAGAACAGUGCGAGGCCAAGGUCCACCGGGGCACAUCGGUCCAACCCCAUUCGAAGAGCUCCUAGGAAUAUAGUCUCGCAUGGUACGCAGACUGAGACUGAGCAGCUGUCAUUAUUACCUGAGCAAGACCAUGGGGGAACGGUAACACAUCAGGCUGUGAAUUCCUCGCUAGCUGCUCCAGCAGAGGGGGUCCAAAAGCAUGGCCAUGAACACAAUCCUCCGCAAGAACACAUGGUGCGGGAGGCGCCCGCCAUUUCAGGGCUACUUCGAAAUAUGAGUUUUCAGAAGAGUCAGAACGCCAAUAGAAUCAAUUUAAUUGCUUCUAUGCCAUCGGCAAAUCCACCGGUACCCGGUGGUAGAGGAAGCAUGGCAGCUCCACAUGACCACCGCUCCGAACCAUGCAUGGAUACCCGAGCGUCGGUCAACCCGUAUCUGAAGGAGGCCAUGGAGUUCGAUAGCUACGUCACCUUCAUGACGGAUGAGUUAUACGAGAAAGUUGAGGUUGAUAUCAAGGACUAUGGCCCAACAAUUCUAGGUUUAACCCAGCAAUUAAGCUCGCAGGGUAAUUGUUGA